AGCUGUUCAGUACACUUGCCAGCAGUGUCAGCAAGAGCUCGACGUCUUCCUCUGGUGAAGUGGGUUUACUUGAGCUUAAAGGAAGAAAAAAAAAAUGUCUCCACUUCUGAGAAGCAUCUUUGAUAUCACAAAAACUUUCAAUCAAUAUGCCUCACAUGAUUGUGAUGGGGCAGCACUAAGCAAGAAAGACCUGAAGAACCUCCUUGAGAGGGAAUUUGGAGAUGUCCUUCGGAGACCACACGACCCUGAAUCAGUAGAUCUGAUCCUGGAACUUCUGGAUCGCGACUGUAACGGGUUUGUCGAUUUCAAUGAGUUCCUCCUAUUCGUUUUCAAGGUGGCUCAAGCUUGUUAUUACGCUCUCAGCCAGGCCUCUGGGCUAAACGAAAACGGAGCCAAGUGUGAGGGAAAGGGUAUCCGGUUACAGGAUCGCAGGAGGGAAGAGCAACGGAGAUUCGAGCCCCGGGACAGACAAUUGGAAGAAGAGCGUAGGCUGAAGAGGCAGGAACUGGAGGAGGAGUUCGCUGAGGAAGAGGAGCAGAAAGAGAACCAAGAGAGACGUGAGCAGAGGCUGCAAAGACGAGAACGAGAAGAGCGUGGUGAGGAGGAAGAGCGGCAGCAUAGGCGCAAGAGUCGGGAGCCCGAGAAGUUUCUUGACCAAGAGCAAAGGCAAGAGAGGCAAGAGCAGCGGGAGCUACAGCGCCAACAGGAGGACCAGCAACAGUGGCAAAGACGAGAGCAGCGAGAUAGUCAGGAAGAAGAGCAGUUGCAAAGGCGGGGGAGCCAAGGGCUGAAGAGAGAGCGCUUGGAGGAAGAGCAGCAGCUGCAGCGGCAGAGGAGCGGGCGCGAGGAGCUGCGUUCAGAGCAGGAAAGGCGAGAGCAGCAGGAGCGGCGUGAGCUUCAAGAACUGAGGGAGCUGCGGCGCGAGUACCAGGAGAGGAGCGGGGAGGGGCUGCGAUGCGAGCAGCAGGAGAGGUGCGUGGAGCGGCUGCAGGAGAGGCAGAAGCAGGAGCUGAGGCGCGAGCAGCAGGAAACGCCGGAGCACGAAGAGGCCGAUGAGCGGAGCGAGAGCCGCACCCAGAGAUGGCAGCUAGAAAGCGCAGCCGACGCCCGUCAGAGCAAAGUCUACUCCAGGCCCCGCAGGCAAGAGCAACAGAGGCACUACCAGGAACAAGAGGAAGAGAGGAGGUGGCGCCAGGAUCGUGAGCAGCGGCUGAGCCAGAAGGAGCAGGAGCUCCUGCAGGAGGAGGAAGAGCAGCGCCGAGACUUCAAAUGGCAGUGGCAGGCGGAGGAAGAGAGCAAGAGGCGCCACCAGAAGCUAUCGGCCAAGCAGCCCCCUUUGCAGGAGCAGAGAAACAGGCAACUGAGGGCAGAGCGGCACCAGGAGCCUGACAGAAGGUUCCGCGAAGAGGAACAGCUCCGUCAGGAAAGGGAUGAAGAACAGCGGCUUGGCCGCCAGGAGCGCGACAGAAGGUCCCGCGAAGGGGAACAGCUCCGUCAGGAAAGGGAUGAAGAACAGCGGCUUGGCCGCCAGGAGCGCGACAGAAGGUUCCGCGAAGAGGAACAGCUCCGUCAGGAAAGGGAAGAACAGCGACUUGGCCGCCAGGAGCGCGACAGAAAGUUCCAGGAGGAGGCACAGAUCCGCCAAGUAAGGGAUGAACAGCUGCUGCGACGCCAGGAGCUCGACGGCAAGUAUGAGGAGGAACAGCUCCGUCAGGAAAGGGAUGAAGAACAGCGGCUUGGCCGCCAGGAGCGCGACAGAAAGUUCCGCGAAGAGGAACAGCUCCGUCAGGAAAGGGAAGAACAGCGACUUGGCCGCCAGGAGCGCGACAGAAAGUUCCGCGAAGAGGAACAGCUCCGUCAGGAAAGGGAUGAACAGCGACUUGGCCGCCAGGAGCGCGACAGAAGGUUCCGCGAAGAGGAACAGCUCCGUCAGGAAAGGGAUGAAGAACAGCGACUUGGCCGCCAGGAGCGCGACAGAAAGUUCCGCGAAGAGGAACAGCUCCGUCAGGAAAGGGAAGAACAGCGACUUGGCCGCCAGGAGCGCGACAGAAAGUUCCGCGAAGAGGAACAGCUCCGUCAGGAAAGGGAUGAAGAACAGCGACUUGGCCGCCAGGAGCGCGACAGAAAGUUCCGCGAAGAGGAACAGCUCCGUCAGGAAAGGGAAGAACAGCGACUUGGCCGCCAGGAGCGCGACAGAAGGUUCCGCGAAGAGGAACAGCUCCGUCAGGAAAGGGAUGAAGAACAGCGACUUGGCCGCCAGGAGCGCGACAGAAAGUUCCGCGAAGAGGAACAGCUCCGUCAGGAAAGGGAAGAACAGCUGCUGCGCCGCCAGGAGCGCGACAGAAAGUUCCGCGAAGAGGAACAGCUCCGUCAGGAAAGGGAAGAACAGCGACUUGGCCGCCAGGAGCGCGACAGAAAGUUCCAGGAGGAGGCACAGAUCCGCCAAGUAAGGGAUGAACAGCUGCUGCGACGCCAGGAGCUCGACGGCAAGUAUGAGGAGGAACAGCUCCGUCAGGAAAGGGAUGAACAGCGACUUGGCCGCCAGGAGCGCGACAGAAGGUUCCGCGAAGAGGAACAGCUCCGUCAGGAAAGGGAAGAACAGCGACUUGGCCGCCAGGAGCGCGACAGAAAGUUCCGCGAAGAGGAACAGCUCCGUCAGGAAAGGGAUGAACAGCGACUUGGCCGCCAGGAGCGCGACAGAAGGUUCCGCGAAGAGGAACAGCUCCGUCAGGAAAGGGAUGAACAGCGACUUGGCCGCCAGGAGCGCGACAGAAAGUUCCGCGAAGAGGAACAGCUCCGUCAGGAAAGGGAUGAAGAACAACGACUUGGCCGCCAGGAGCGCGACAGAAAGUUCCGCGAAGAGGAACAGCUCCGUCAGGAAAGGGAAGAACAGCGACUUGGCCGCCAGGAGCGCGACAGAAAGUUCCGCGAAGAGGAACAGCUCCGUCAGGAAAGGGAUGAAGAGCAGUUGCGCCGCCAGGAGCGCGACAGAAGGUUCCGCGAAGAGGAACAGCUCCGUCAGGAAAGGGAUGAACAGCGACUUGGCCGCCAGGAGCGCGACAGAAGGUUCCGCGAAGAGGAACAGCUCCGUCAGGAAAGGGAUGAACAGCGACUUGGCCGCCAGGAGCGCGACAGAAAGUUUCAGGAGGAGGAACAGAUCCGCCAAGUAAGGGAUGAACAGCUGCUGCGCCGCCAGGAGCCUGACAGAAAGUUCCGCGAAGAGGAACAGCUCCGUCAGGAAAGGGAAGAACAGCGACUUGGCCGCCAGGAGCGCGACAGAAGGUUCCGCGAAGAGGAACAGCUCCGUCAGGAAAGGGAUGAACAGCGACUUGGCCGCCAGGAGCGCUUCAGAAAGUUUCAGGAGGAGGAACAGAUCCGCCAAGUAAGGGAUGAACAGCUGCUGCGACGCCAGGAGCGCGAUAGAAAGUUCCGCGAAGAGGAACAGCUCCGUCAGGAAAGGGAAGAACAGCGACUUGGCCGCCAGGAGCGCGACAGAAAGUUCCGCGAAGAGGAACAGCUCCGUCAGGAAAGGGAUGAAGAACAACGACUUGGCCGCCAGGAGCGCGACAGAAAGUUCCGCGAAGAGGAACAGCUCGGUCAGGAAAGGGAUGAAGAACAGCGGCUUGGCCGCCAGGAGCGCGACAGAAGGUCCCGCGAAGAGGAACAGCUCCGUCAGGAAAGGGAUGAAGAACAGCGGCUUGGCCGCCAGGAGCGCGACAGAAAGUUCCGCGAAGAGGAACAGCUCCGUCAGGAAAGGGAUGAAGAACAACGACUUGGCCGCCAGGAGCGCGACAGAAAGUUCCGCGAAGAGGAACAGCUCCGUCAGGAAAGGGAUGAACAGCGGCUUGGCCGCCAGGAGCGCGACAGAAAGUUCCAGGAGGAGGCACAGAUCCGCCAAGUAAGGGAUGAACAGCUGCUGCGCCGCCAGGAGGGCGACAGAAAGGUCCUCGAAGAGGAACAGCUCCGUCAGGAAAGGGAAGAACAGCGACUUGGCCGCCAGGAGCGCGACAGAAGGUUCCGCGAAGAGGAACAGCUCCGUCAGGAAAGGGAAGAACAGCGACUUGGCCGCCAGGAGCGCGACAGAAAGUUCCAGGAGGAGGCACAGAUCCGCCAAGUAAGGGAUGAACAGCUGCUGCGCCGCCAGGAGCGCGACAGAAAGUUCCGCGAAGAGGAACAGCUCCGUCAGGAAAGGGAAGAACAGCGACUUGGCCGCCAGGAGCGCGACAGAAGGUCCCGCGAAGGGGAACAGCUCCGUCAGGAAAGGGAUGAAGAACAGCGGCUUGGCCGCCAGGAGCGCGACAGAAGGUCCCGCGAAGGGGAACAGCUCCGUCAGGAAAGAGAUGAAGAGCAGUUGCGCCGCCAGGAGCGCGACAGAAGGUUCCGCGAAGAGGAACAGCUCCGUCAGGAAAGGGAUGAAGAACAACGACUUGGCCGCCAGGAGCGCGACAGAAGGUUCCGCGAAGAGGAACAGCUCCGUCAGGAAAGGGAAGAACAGCGGCUUGGCCGCCAGGAGGGCGACAGAAGGUUCCGCGAAGAGGAACAGCUCCGUCAGGAAAGGGAAGAACAGGUGCGUCACCAGGAACAGAGUGCCUUCUCCUGGGAGGAACAACUGAGGCGCGCAGAGCAAGAAGAGGAACAGAGAGGUCAAAGGCAGAGAGACAGGAAGUUCCUAGAGGAAGAGCAGAGCCUCCAGCAGGAAGGAGAGGAAAAAAAGCGCCGCGUCCAGGAGCAGGACAGGAAGUUUAGCCAACAAGAAAAGCUGCUGCAGCGUGAGGAACGGGAAGAACUGAAGCGCCGGCUGGAGCGAGAUCAGCAGUAUAGCGCAGAGGAGCAGUUUGCUGGGGAGAAGAGGCGUCGUCAGGAAAAAGGAUUGCGUCAAGAAGAGCAGAGACUCCUGGAGAGAGAGGAGCAGAGGCGUCGUCAAGAGCGCGACCUGCAGCAGAGCCGCGACCAGGUCUGGGAGGAAGACAAGGGGCGUCGACAGGUUCUGGAACCUGGCAAGGGUCAGUUUGCCAGUGCUCCAGUGCGCUCCAGCCCGCUCUACGAGUACAUCCAAGAGCAGAGAUCUCAAUACCGCCCUUAAGAGAUGCUGCCUAAUCCUGACACCUACCAAAGCUUUGAACAAAGGAAAAUUAGAAACACGGAGUAUCAGAUGACUCAAAUGUUUCUGGUUGUGGGGAAACUCUCUGAUGUUAGACAAUCUCUUUUUUCCAAAAUCUUAAACUACAGUCAUGUGCUUUGUACUUCUGCCUUUUAGUCUUCCUUAAGUAGUUCUUUACAGCAGGAUGUUUUUGCUCUUUGGUGUGGAUGUGGUGUGCAUUUUCAAAAAUAUGUAAGCCAUUUAAUUUAAGGAGUUUUGUUUGGGGAACACGUUCAUUUAUUGCUGUCAAAAAUAACAAAAAUAUUGUGUUGCUUUGAGAGUUAAAAGAAUUGAGUCUAUUUAAAAAAAAUUUUUGAUGCAUCUUGGAGAGUUCAGAUAUUUUUAAUGUUUAAGUUGGUAUUUCUUUUGGGGCCUAAAUUAUCUUAAAUAGUUACCUCCAAGUAGCCUCUCACUUUUUGUAGCAUAAUUAGCACAGAUUCUGUGAGAAGACUGAAUUUUUACAACCCUUAAAUAGUGCAGGUGGACUGGUUUCUCCAGAAAAAUUCCCUGUGAAAUCAGUCCAUAACUGGAAGAAAUAUCUGUUAAGAAUAAGGUUUAGCUUGAAGACUUCGAAUUAGAUUUAUUUUACACUUAACACCAUAAACAUUUAAAAUCUCAUGAAGCAAAAGCAAGGUGUUUCUCAAACAACUCCAGAGCUCAAAUUAAAAAAAAAAAAAAAAGUGUCUGCUGUAGUCUGUAGUGCUCAGUUCCUUUCCCCCAGUCUUUGAUGAGCUUGAGAAUAUUACUGCCUUUGUUAAUUUUAGCUAAGAGGGGUCACUCAGGAUCCUAUAAAUAUCUGUGUUGCUCUAAGGCCAACAAGAGAUUACAGAGCUUUUGGGGAAGGGAAAGAGGAAAUUUUGUGGAUAGACAAGUUCAUAGAGGCCCUUUGGCAAGACCCAUCAGCCCACAAUCCUUUGAAGCCUACUGAUACUACCUUUGAGACAUACUGGUUGAACUAAUUGGACUGUGUAAAAAAUUAAUAAUAAAUGUUUGGCAAACAAUUA